AGUCGACCGCGCGUUUCAAAACAAAAAUUACACUCAGCGAGUGCGGUUGUGUCGCUUGGGGAUAUAGCCAAUUCGUGAAUCGACAAACACUCGUGUUCUGAGGCGCCGCCAAUAUCCAAAGAAAUUAAAAAAUCUACAAUUGAUUUUUUUAGGAACUUUAACAACGUUUUGGAUUAUUAAAGCGUUAAUAGUUACGCUUUUAACGGCCGGAAGACCUAAUAAAAAACAUAAAUUAACAACCCUAUAGCGGCGUAACGAGUUAAAAAUGUAAAAAAAACACUGCUAAUUGGAUAUAAACUACAUUUCACUCAAAAACGCAUUGCUUUGGACACAAAGACUUAAAUUUAUUAUACGCGCGUUUUUUGGUUAACGAAUAUUUUGGAAACUAAACAAGUGUGAGCGUGCUACAAGUGGAAAUAAAACUAGAUUUCUGGUUGCAACACAUACACCGUACACCCAAAUUAUAACGGGAAGUGGCUCAACAAGUGGCUCGGGGAUUAUCUAAUAAAACCUCCUACCGAAAAUCAUAGGAAUAAUAGAUUAUACGGGCAAAAUAUCAAUUUUAAAACAGUUUUUUCGUGCUCGGCCCGUGUGUAGUGUGUGCGUAUGUGUGCGUGCGUGUGUUUCGCCUGCGUAUGUGUGUGAAUCGAGCAACGCAGAACAGCAACAACAACUGCGACUAUAGCAACAACAACGCUACAACGGCAACGUCAACAACACGCAACAACAAUUGCUGUGAGUGCGACGGCGACAGCAGCAGCGUGAGUCAUAAAAGUGAAAUGAAAAUGCGGAUAAAGCGAGAAGCGCCGUGUCUUCUGUUAUUUAUGCCAAUCCAAAAUACCAACAACAACAAUCGCAUUGGUGCCAAUCAGAAGGACUAUCCCAACAAGCGGUCCAGGGAGAAUCUGGCAUGUGAUGAUCAGCAGCAAGUGACAUCGACGACGUCAUCCUCCAUGGCAAUGAACGGCGGCGGCGGACGGACGCCGCUGCUGACCCGCAGCUGCUCCAGUCCGGCGGUCUACGAUAUAGAAACACAUCCCGCCUCGCCCGUUUUCCCGCAUCUAUUACUGGGCAAUGGCCGCGAUGCCGACGAUCCCAGCAGCGUGGGCGCCAACUGUGUGCUGAAUGUUACCUGCCAAAGUCCCAACGAGAGUCAUCUGCAGGGCCUCAAGUAUAUGCAAAUACCUGCCAGCGAUACGCCCCAUCAGAACAUCAAGCAGUACUUCCAGGAGGCCUUCGACUUUAUCGAGGAUGCCCGGAAAACGGGUUCCCGGGUGCUGUUGCACUGCCAUGCGGGGAUCUCGCGCAGCGCCACCAUCGCCAUCGCCUACGUCAUGCGGUACAAGGCGCUCUCCCUGCUGGAGGCCUACAAGCUGGUGAAAGUGGCCCGGCCGAUCAUCUCGCCCAAUCUAAACUUCAUGGGCCAGCUGCUGGAGCUGGAGCAGAGUCUGCGGAAAAGCGGGAUCCUGGCACCGGCCACCCCGCACCUCAACAGUCCCAGUACCCCAUCCGUGGGUGGAGUAUCUUCGGUGGGUCUCAACCACCCAUCAUCAUCUAGUCAACUGGUAGAGCAGCCAGAGCAGGAGGAGAUCGAGGAGAAGCGGGAACGGGAUCGCGGCAAGUCCAAGUCGGACAGCGAGGCCAUGGACGAGGAUGUCUAUGAUUACGAUGAUGUGGAUAGCGGUGCCGGCAGUCUGGCGGGCAGUAAUUGCUCCUCGCGCCUCACCUCACCUCCCAUAACACCCGACGAUGAGGCGCCUAGCACUUCGGCGGCGGCUUCCACAAUUUCGGAGCUAGAUUCACCCAGCUCCACCAGCAGCAGCAGCGGAAUAUGCUCCCUGCUGUCCACCAGCUCAUCCGUAUCCUGCGCAAUCAGCAAGCCAAGUCUGCUGUCACCCACGCGGCAGUUGGCCUUAUUUAAGCGGAAUUCGCCUGCCAAGUUGAGGCUAAAUCUGGAGUCCAGCUAUGCGCCCGCGUCACCCAUCCCAAAGUCCAUGUCCUGCAUCUCCAUACCGGCAACGCCCGUCUGCGAAGAGGCGCCCGAGAGCAGGAGCAACCAUUUGGCGGCCAAUCCGAGGGACUGAGAAAGGAUCCCCCGGAGGAGCCGCCACCAAGCAGCUGUGAAUAAAAAGAAAAUGUACAGACCUUGGCCAAGUUCAUGAUGAUUGGAAUCGGAUUGAUAUGUUGUACGGCUCUAGACGAGAUGUAAAAUAGACUCAAGUUUUAAAGCGUAUUUUAUGUUAAUCGACAUUUUUUUAAAACAAAAGGCUUUCUUACAUUUCUCUGAGACCUAUGUCCAGUAUAUCAAUUCGUAUCAUAAAAGCUAAAACGGUCUGAUACUUCCUAUAAACUAAGGUGAUGCAAAUGAUAUAUCAAACAUCUAACACUGAGCCACCUUUUGGAUCAUGUAAAUUCACAAAUUGUACAUACAAGCGUACCUAAAUAACAAACCAACAAGGAAAGAGGAAUACCAAUUGCAGCUUGCACUAUUUUCAGUACUUUUUAAGAGCUUUUGUAAUGUAUUUCUUCGCAUCCCUGUACCAACAAAACAAAACAAUUACCUAAAGUAAUCCAAAACAACCAACUGCAAAAUAUUGUUUGAGAAGAAAGAACACCUCGUAUAUGUUAAUUUAGUUUAAAUUUAGUUUGUAAGCGAAUCUUAACUAUACCUAUACACACAUAAACUAUAUUAAAAUCUUCACAUAGAACAAUGAAAAUCCAAAAUGCACUGCAACUAUUUCUGCUGACUUGCCACACACAAAAAAAAACUUCCCGUUCCCAAAAACAAAUAAGGAAAACUCCGCCAUAUAUACACAGCAAAGAUCUUAUCAAAACUGUUCUAAGUUUUAUCAAAUCGCUAUAGCCACACCCACACCUACACUACACACUGCAUAUAAUUAAGUAACUUCUUGAAGUGAGUAAAAGCUUGUGUUUGUGUUUUCUAGUUUUAGUUAUUUAUAUGAAGCGAGCGCGCGUGAGAGAAUAAUGAAUGCGAUUUGAUUCAUUUGUAUUAGAUCGUAAGUUUUUUAGGCUAAGAUACACGCGAAAAGUGUAAUGUAACCGUGUGUUAAGUAAACGGACAUUAUAAAAGUAAUCAAACAAUCUA